UGGUACUGACAAGAGACAACUUCCAUCUGCUGUCAAGGGAGCCUUUGAGAUUUCAGACAGCAUUCACCUUAAAACUGGAGCCAUCUUUCUAUCAUCUCCAGGACAAUCUUUGUGGAUAAUCCACAUAUAUAAGAGCUUUCACGUUUCUACCAGUGCUCCCAUGUGGGUAGUGGAGAAGAUCCGCGUGUCAGUGGAAAGAUCUAAUAUGCCUAUUCCAUCAGAAGAAUUUAGACUCAAAAUCGGUGGCAUCUUUUUUGGAGAAAAAGCCGACAAACCCAAAAGGAUUUCCCUCUGUCCCAAUGUCAUCACUCCUGAUAACAUCCCAGAAUUCUGCAUCCCCCCAACAAUCCCAUCCCUUCAAGAGAUGAAGAACAUGGAUCGAGCUGUGCGCCUCAUUCGGGUGUCUCACUGUGAAAGCUCAGAAAUAGAGUUGACACGUCAUGAGCCACUUAACACACACAUCAUCCAGGUUGAGAGUGUAGAUGAAAGCCCCUGUGAUGGUUGCAGCGAUGAGGAAACCACCAACGCAGACCCCCAGAGCCAGGCUGCCUUGUCCCUUCCACAUCUUGCCAAAGCUCAGACCUGCUAUGGCUUUUGCACCUUACUGGAGAGUCCGCACACCAGGAGGAAGGAGUCACUCUUCCAUUCUGAUGCCGGCUCUUCUCCUCUGCUGCUGCCCCGGAGUCGGUCCAGCGUGUGCUCAAAAGUCUCCCCCUCCACUUCACCUUCCUCUUCCCCGUCCUCCUUCAGCCUUAACGCCCUGUCUUCCAGGCUUUCCCCAAGAGGCUACACUCUGAACUGGCAGGCCACACUGGACAGUGAUACAACUUCCUCUACUGAAUCCUCCCCUUUCAGCUCGCCUCUGCUGACCAGGUGUCCUGCCAAGUCUUCCCUCUUCAAAGCAUUGAGCCAUGAACUGCUCUUGUCAAGGAACAUGAGGAAGGCAAUGGUGUCCAGGAACAAUUCCCUGUCCACGGAUGAGGGCAGCUCCACAGACAACAGCCCCAAUAUCAUGAGGAGGGCGUCAGAGGUGUUAGCUGAAGGCCUCCCCAGCAGUUACACCUUAGCCCCCCCAACAAUCUUCCCCAUGGACUUCACCCUGCACAGAGAGAGGGUAAUGAAGGAAAGAAUGGUACCCAUAGGAAAAGAUGGAAGCCUGAGACUCUCUGCAGAGUAUUGUCCAGAUAACCAAAGACUACGGGUUCGACUGAUCAGCGCUGAGGGGCUUUAUCCUCUCUCCGUAGACCCCAAGAUUAUUAACUGCAGUGUCAGCCUCUCUCUGGUUCCUGGAAAAGUCCAGAAGCAGCGCAGUACUGUCAUCAGAAAGAGCCGCAAUCCAAUCUUCAAUGAGGAUUUCUUCUUUGAUGGUAUCUCAGAGGAAGAUCUCAGUCAGCGCUCUCUGCGCUUUAAAGUGGUGAACAAAAUGUCCACCCUGAAAAGAGACUAUCUCCUGGGUGAUUGUGAUCUGCUUCUGUCUAGCAUUGUGACAUUAUAAACCCAAGUACUUCCUUUUCUGUUUAUUUAUCUAGUGAAUUAUUUAUUUUCCUUUUGUAUU